CACACGCCUCCACAUACUCCCUCUGCAAAUUCUGUAGAGGAAGAAUUGCCUCGUAUCUGGAAAAAUAACCUCGCGCUUGUUCAUGAAAUCUUUGCAUUCAGCUUCAGUUUAUUUUCCUGGUUCCUGCUGAAGGUUAGAAGGUGUUUAUUUGAAUAACUCUUGCACACCCGCAAGCCAUUCACACCAGUGUUUACCGUUAGCCGGUUGUCGAUGUCUUGGGCGCGGAGUGCGCGGAGCAGGCGGAGGCUGCCGCAUCUCUCCCGCGGUGGAGCAAAACCUUUUCGACCUUUCCGAAGUCAGCCAUAUCUUGGUCGAGAGGAAAGAAAAGAAUUACGCCAUGAAGCAGGAAGCUUCGAGAAUUUGGAACAGGGUGAUGUGUACACCGAACCUACAGACUAUAAAAUAUACGAACCUUCACCUCAUGAGGCAAAUGUUAACACCCUGAUGGAAGGAGACAAACGCAGUGCCCUAUACCAGAGAUUUUAUCAACAUUUCUAUGGAGAAGGAGCCAAGCAGCCUGCUGACUGUGUCGUGCUUUCUUUAAACAACCAGAACUUGGAUUACGCAAAAUCAUUAGGCCACUGUUUGCAGGAGCGUGGCCUCGUAGUGGAAAUGCUUUACCUGCAGGCAGAGGCAGGCUUGACCCAGGCCCUGAAAGAUGUCCGUUCCGAUGGUUCCCCCUUAUGUAUUCUCAUCGAACAAACCAAUGUAGCUCUCUCCUCAUGCACAGUAAUCAUGUUUUCAGAGUCUCUCAAAAUUCACCGCAACAUGCCCAGAGAGCAGGCUCUGGACUUGGUGAUGGCGGAGUAUGGGCGAACGAGUGGUGCACGCCGUCAGUGUGACCCUGCGGAGGCAGCAGCGAGGGCUUCUGAGCUCUCUGAUGACUACCUGGAGCGGGCCAAGCUGGAGCGCCACGCUGUGCCCUCCGCCACUCGCCACCUGCUCCUCCUCAUGGCUGAGGGCCUGCACCUGUACCCAGAGGAACUGGACUCCAUCGCUGCAUAUGUACACAACCGCCAGGACCAUCUGCAAGCAGCCUCUCCUGAAGUAGAUGGUAAAGUGGUUGCUGAAACAACCAAAAGUGUCCCUGCAGGUCUGGGGAAUCCUCCACCACUUCUCUCUAUUCCCGCCGGUCCCGUCUCCCAACCCAGUGAGCACCCGACACCUUCAACUGUCUUAGCCAACUCGGCUCAUGGCCAUCCAAUGACCACACCAGACUCGUAUCCCAAAAGCAAACCACCUCCUCUUCUCUCACUGAACAUUUUGCAAGGGUCUUCUCAGGGUCCUCCACCUCAUGAUCCAUCACCACCCCAUGGUCCAUCACCACCCCAUGGUCCAAGUGGUAUUCAAGCUCCCUCUACCUCUCAUGGACAAGCACCUCCACAACCUCCACAUUGUCCCUCUGCCUCUGAGAAUCGUCCACUACUCUAUGGUCCUCCACCUCUUCAUGGACCUCCUACUCCUAAUGGCCCUCUCCGAUCUCAUGCUAUUUGUGGCCCAUCAUCACCCCACGGUGCUCCUGUUCCUCAUGGUUCCUCUACCUCACAAAAUCCACGAAUAAUAACGAGUCCCACAGGACCAAGAGGACCACCAGCUUCACAUGGUCCAUAUCCACCAAGGCCUCAUGGUCCUAAUAAUGGACCAUAUGGCUUUCAUUUACGUGGACCACCACCGGCACCAUCUCAUGGUCCACCAAUGCAGAACGGCCUAAAUGGCCUCAGAGCACCCCCACCUUUACUCAGGAACCUACGCAUGAGAAACCCAGCAGGAGCUGCAGCACAUGCUUUGCAGCACCUCCCUCUAUGAUGACUCGGGGUGUGUGAUGAAGUUAAGCUGGUGUAGCCACAAAUCUACACAUUCUUACUGUAACUUUGACUGUUCGUUCUGUCUUAUUUAUAUUACUGUUUUCAAUCUUGUACAUUUUAUGUAUUAUAUAUUAGCCUUUUUGUUCCUGGCACAGUCAUUCCAGGCUUCAUUAAAAUAUUCUUUCUCUGC